AUGGCAGGGAAGGAAGAGUGGCAGAGAUUAGCUGACAUCAUCCAACAUUGGAACAACACCCGACUGGACCUGUUUGAGAUCAGUCUGCCAUGCAAGAACUUAGAGUUCCAUGGAGUAAUGCGGUUCUACUUUGAGGACCACGUUGCAGGGAACGUUGCCACCAAGUGCCUGCGUAUCAGCAGCACCACCACCACUGGAGAGGUUAUUGAAACACUGUCAGAGAAGUUCAGACCGGACAUGAAGAUGUUGAAUACUCCCUAUUUCCUGUUUGAGGUCCAUGCUAACAAGGAACGGCAGCUGGACCUGAGUGAAAAGCCUCUGGUUGUGCAGCUGAACUGGAACACAGACAACAGGGAGGGCCGCUUCCUACUCAAGAAGGAUAAGGACAUUAUUGACAACAGCCCAGAGAAAAAGAAGGGAGGCAUGAUCCAGAACUUCAAGAGGACACUGUCGAGGAAAGAGAAGAAGAAGGAGAAGAAGAAGACGGGAGAUGAUGCUGUUAACCACUCGGCAAAGCCUAAUGGGUCCACUAUGAGGAAAGAGAAUGGGCAGAUAUCAGCUUCUGUACCUGUGGAGAAGUCCUGGGCCAACAAGGAUAUUGUUUCUAACCCCGACACAACAGAAUGCAAGAAAAGUUCCACGUGGCGAGGCAUUAUAAAGCCCAUGGUCCGGAAGCAUAACCAGCAACAAGACUAUGGAACAAGGAAUGAAAGAACAGCUGAGGACCCCUUCCUCUCUGCAGUCAUCAACUACACCAAUAGUUCCACUGUCCACUUCAAGCUCUCCCCUGCCUACGUCCUGUACAUGGCCGGACGCUUCGUCCUCCACCGCCAUUAUAGUCACAGUCAGGAGACAUCACAGAGUCAUCGCCCCUCAGAGCACGCACACAGAGUCACCGCUACUAUCAACAAGAUGGUAGCCAUGACUGAGGUGGUCAUCCAGAAGCAGAAGUCCAUAGCUGGUGCUGUAGCCUUCUGGAUGGCCAAUGCCUCAGAGCUCCUGAACUUCCUAAAGCAGGACAGAGAUCUAAGCCCCAUCACUCUGCAGGCUCAGGAGAACCUGGCACACCUGGUGUACAAAGCUUUCAAGUGUUUGACUCAGUGUCUGCUGACUGAUCUGAGCAGACACUUGCCAGAAUUCCUUAUUUAUCCUGAGGGGAGUCAAUCACCUGCAGGAAUAGAGGGCGUACUGCAAACCUUGAUGGGUGCCAUGUCUCUGCUGCGUCGCUGUCGAGUCAACGCUGCCCUCACCAUCCAGCUUUUCUCCCAACUCUUCCACUCCAUCAGUGCCUGGCUCCUCAACAGGCUGCUGAGCCCCAGCCCCCAGGGAGAGGCCUGCUCUCUGGGCCUUAGGUCCAACUACUGGGGGGCCAUCCUCCGCCAGAGGCUUAGCCUGGUGGAGGACUGGGCAGAGAGGCAAGGUCUGGAGCUGGCCGCAGACUGCCACCUCAGCCGCAUCAUACAGGUAACAAUGCUGUUGACCAUGAACAAGUAUUCCAUGCAAGAUUCGGAGAACAUCCAGAAUACCUGCUUCAAGUUAAACUCCUUGCAGCUUCGAACACUGAUGACAAGCUACCUCUACGAUACCAACGAGCCCCGCAUUGCCCCUGGUGUGAUUGACAGGGUGGUGGCGGCUGCAGAAGCCAGUGCUGAUGAGUUGUUGUGUAGUGAAGGGCAGGACCUCCAGCUGGAGGAGGGGCCAGACCUCCACCUGCCCUUCCUGCUCCCUGAGGAAGGCUACUCCUGUGACACGGUCAAUGGCAUCCCGCAGGGCUUCAGAGAGUUCCUGGAACCUAUCUGCCGCAAAGGCCUCUGCACUCUGAUGUCUCACCCCCAGUCUGGUGGCACCUGGUCUAUCUUCUUCAACCGAGCAAACAGUUUCUUUGCACAGGACCCAAACCCGGUGCCACUGCAUAGAGAACUUGAGGUUGUGACUAUUACACUGAAGAAACCCUUGAACAGUGGAAUGGGGGUCAGCAUCGUGGCGGCCAAGGGAGCAGGACAAGACAACCUUGGGAUUUACGUCAAGUCUAUCGUCAAAGGAGGACCAGCAGAAAUGGAUUGCAGGUUAACUGCUGGGGACCAGUUGCUGUGUGUGGAUGGACACAGUCUCGUGGGCCUCUCGCAGGAAAGGGCAGCAGGCAUAAUGAUGCACACUGGGUCAGUUGUGACUUUACAGGUUGCCAAGCAGGGGGCAACAUGCCAUGGUCUGGCUGCCUUGCUAGAUGAACCACCUUCAGUAUCAACUACAGCUUUGGAUGGUAGUGGUCCCACCAGCAGCAGCCAUGCUAAGCCGAACGGCAAGGCCCUGAUCGUGUAUGACGGCAUGGAGCAGAGCUCUGGGCCCUCAGGUCUAUGGGGUAAUAACUCCCAUGGAGGGAACAGGAGACAGAGAGAACAGACCCUGCUGAAGAACAGACAGCUCUACCGCUCCAACCCUAACAUGAUCAGCCCAGAAGGAGAACCAGUUGUCCCAGCCAUCCCAACAGACAGUAAAAUCACUGCAGUCUCCACCAGCAACCUUCUGUGCUCUGACAUGUACCAAAGGGAAUACCUGACUCUACCAGCCCCUAGGUCUCAGGACAAGAAAACAGUAGCCUUUGAACUCCCACCUCAGGAGCCCAGAGUCUCGUUUAAUCUCGAUGGACAGAUCUCCAACAAGAGGACCUUGAUGCGGCAGGCCCUUUCACAGGAGAAUUUGUGCAUGGAUAAUGAUCGCCCCCUAGUGGACAAUAUACAUAAUGCAUGGAACCAGAACCAGCAGGAAAGCUACUACACCUCUUUUCCUAUGAAGCCUAGCAUCUCUACCCACGACAUACAUUACAAUCAUACUGUCAGCCUCUCCACUAAGACCCAACCGAGCCGCCACAACACAGGGUAUGGCUACUGGAGAACUCCUACGUCACACGACCCUUCGUCUGCCAUCCAGCCAAUACACAUAGACAUCCCUGCUACACGGCUUUCCAACACCCAGCCGCGCAGUCCAAUGACUACCUUCCAACAAACCCCCACUCUACUACCCGUGAAGAUGAACCAAAACCCUGAGGGUAAAGGCCAGGGACAAGCCCUCCUCAGCAAUCAGAAACAGGGGUCUCAUUAUCAACUGCCAGCCCAGCAUCGCCAAGCUACAUGUCCUCCUCCAUCCUCUGUGACCAUGAGGCAACCUCAGCCCUCACUCUCAUCCUCACAGAAGAUCCAACAACAACAAGCCUUGAGGAGGGUGCAAACAGCGACGUCCCAACUGUUCCCAACCCAGUCAAAAGACACAUCCCUCCAGAGACCUCCAGCUAAACCACAACCAGGGACCACCCCAGGACAUCAGGACCAAUACUUCAGCAUGAAUAAAGAGCCACCAUCAGAUGGCAACAAAAGUCUGUCUCCAGACCCAUGGAAGAGGGAUGCACGGGAGAAGCAACAGAAGCAGCAGAGACUACAGGUGGUCGACCUGUUGGAACAGGAGAUCCAGGAUCUGCAGGCUAAAGCCCAGCUCACACCAGAGGAGACCGCCAGGCUCCGUAGGCUCAACCUGGAGUGGCAAUUUCAACAGAGACUGCAGGAGUUCCAACAGAAUGGAAACGCUGAUGAUGAUGAGGAUGAUGACGAAGAAGAAGAUAGAGACACGUCAACAGGAGAAAAUGUUCAAGAGUCGAAUGAACUCAACGUAAACUUUGAUGAGAAGUGCUCGAAAGAAGGCCAGAAAGAGAACAACUUCAAAGGUGACGCAACCCCUGAGAAUCUCACAUUUAAGGAGCGCCAACGUCUCUUCUCCCUCGGAUCAAACGCCUCCAUCAAAGUCAAAGCCUUGUAA